AUGGAAUCACAGCAUGUUGCUGAAUGGAAUGAAGCACAAAAGAUUGAUAUAAGUGUUGACCUUGUUGAUGUUGCAAAAAAGCAGCUUGAUUUUCUUGCUGCUGUUGAUAGAAAUCGUCAUCUCUAUGAUGGUCCUGCGCUUGAUAGAGCUAUCUAUAGGUACAAUGCUUGUUGGCUUCCCUUGCUUGCCAAGCAAUCCGAAUCUCGGAGUUUUGAAGGUCCUUUGGUAGUUCCUCUUGACUGUGAAUGGAUCUGGCACUGUCACAGGCUCAACCCGGUGAGGUACAAAGUUGACUGUGAAGAGCUUUAUGGACAUGUGCUUGAUAGCUUUGAUGUUGUCUCUACUGUUCAAGGGAUUUCUGACAGUCAAACUGAAGAAAUCUGGAACAAAUUGUAUCCCGAUGAGCCCUACAAUUCUGAUUUGAUUAAUCUUAUUCCGGAGGAUAUCUCUAAAAGGAUCGAUAGUCUUCCAAAAUACACUAAAUAUGAUCUGAUUUCGGCUGUUAAGAGGCAGAUCCCAUUCUUUUACCAGGUAUCAAGACCCUACAUAAAAACUGACCUAUUUAUCAAGGAAGCUGAGGCCAGAUAUAAAGGCUUCCUGUAUCUUAUCAAGAGAAACAAGGAGAAGGGUAUAAACCGCUUUUGUGUUCCAACAUACGAUAUCGACCUAAUGUGGCACUCUCAUCAGUUGCAUCCAGUUUAUUAUAGUAAAGACCUCAAUGAGGCACUUGGAAAAAUAUUGGAACAUGAUGAUACUGACUCAGACAGAACUAAAGGAAAGAAACUGGAUGUUGGAUUUUCUGGAACCACCAAACAGUGGGAAGACACAUUUGGUACAAGAUAUUGGAAGGCUGGAGCAAUGUAUAAGGGUAAUGCACCAUCUCCUAUCACAUCUUGCCCUUUUUCAUCUACCAAGAUCUGUAAAAAGGUUGUUUCUUCCAAUGAAAAGCCACAUGAAAAUUUCCUACAAGACCGGAGUGUUGUGGAGGUUUUCUUGGAGUUUGUUGAUGUUAAAAACUUACCAGAUGGACUAGAAGGAAGUCUCUUUGUUUUAUUUUCCAAAUCACAGCCUGAUGCUUUCUUUGAUGCUAAAAGGAGACUUAGUAUUUUGUCAGAAUCUAGAGUGAAAAAUGUUGCAUCUUUCCAAUGUGAACCUACUGGAGAGCUUCUUUUUGAACUCAUGUCCCAUUCUUCUUCAAAGUUAUCAUUCAGAAGAUCACCAAAGACACUGGGUACUGCUACAUUCUCUAUGCAAGACCAUCUUGAUCCAGUUUCAAAGCUCUCCAUUGAGAAAUGGUUGGAGUUGGUGCCAAGCUCUGGUACUAAUAGCACAAAGCCAAUCCUGUUACGAGUAGCCAUCUCAUUUACUGUUCCAGUUCCUGCCCCAUACACACUCCAAUUGACUCAAUCUCGUCCAGUGUCCAAAAAUACAUGUUUCUUUAACCUUCCUGUCAAGCCUCAACAUGCCAGGAGCUGGACUCAUGUCACAGAUGAAAAUGCCACCAGAAUCAUCAGUCUGCAAAUGAGGGAUAUUAAAACCGUAAAGAACAUAGAAAACCUUGGAAAGGAAGUUGUUGGCCUCUUGGAGUCAGGUGAAACCCGCCCUCUUGCUGAGUAUAUGGAAAAUGGGUGGAGUUUUAUGGGCAACCGUUGGUUGUUACACCUUCCAUCCAAAAGCAAGAAUGAUGGCCAUAUCUUUGAGCUUACAGGCACCAAGACAAUGAAAUUUUAUCCUGGAAGGAAGGGAGAAUAUGAAUUGAGAUAUCAUGUGAAAGAAGAAAAUGAAAUGGACUUUUUAACUGCAGUUGAAUUUUCCAUAGAAGAUCCUUAUGGAAAAGCUGUAGCAUUGCUGGACUUGAAAUCUAAACUUGUUUUGGCAAAGGAAAAGUGGAUGGUGUUGCCUGGGAUCAUAUUGACUUUUAUUGCUUCUGAUAAUAUGAGAGAGGAUGGAUAUGAAGGCAUCAUUUCCAAAAGUAAAGAUUUGAACGUGAAUGACACAGAUGAGGAAAUUAAAAGAAAUGCCUUGAAUGGAGUGCAGUUAAGCAGUGAAGUGUGCAGGGGAGAGGCAGGGAUGACAAAAAAGGUUGUACUCUCAAGUGGAGGGUGUGGUAGUGGUUGUGGCAGUGGCUGUGGGAAUGCAGUGAAUAGUGGUGGCUGUGGGGGAUGCGGUGGUGGUUGCGGCAGCGGCUGUAGGAAUACAGUGAAUAGUGGUGACUGUGGAGGCUGCGGUGGUGGUUGCGGCAGCGGCUGUGGGAAUACAGUGAAUAGUGGUGGCUGCGGUGGUGGUUGCGGCAGCGGCUGUGGGAGUGUAGUGAAUAGUGGUGGCUGUGGGGGCUGUGGUGCUGGUUGCGGAAGCGGCUGUGGAGGAGGGUGUGGAAGUAUGAUCAAGAGUGGUGGCUGUGGGGGCUGUGGUGCUGGUUGCGGAAGCGGCUGUGGAGGAGGGUGUGGAAGUAUGAUCAAGAGUGGUGGCUGUGGGGGCUGUGGUGCUGGUUGCGGAAGCGGCUGUGGAGGAGGGUGUGGAAGUAUGAUCAAGAGUGGUGGCUGUGGGGCUGGUUGUGGAAGCGGCUGUGGAGGAGGGUGUGGAAGUAUGAUCAAGAGUGGUGGCUGUGGCAGUGGCUGUGGUGGAGGAUGUGGAGGAGGGUGUGGAAAUAUGGCGGGGAGCGGAGGGUUUGAAAUUGACAGCAUGAAGAAGAGUAGUGGAUGUGGUGGUUGUGGUGAUGAUCUCUUGGACAGUAAGUGUGGCUUGAAUGAGCAUUUGAACGAGGAAGGACACCACAUGAAUGAAGAAGCAGUUGCUGCUGCAUGA